AAGGAAAACAUUUUCGGACACAGAAAGAUUACUCAAAAUGCAACGAUCUGAUUGGCCAAUUGAUGAAGGCGGUAAUGGUAUAAAAAUGUACAAUGUUGUCUUCCCGAUUUAUCGUAGUUUUUCUUGGAAUUUGCUCAAAUGAUCUGUUCCUCAAUACUUUAGGAGACACAACCAUCAAACCCCAAGGUACAACCUAUACAACAAUUGUGUCUCCUACACCAAAUGUAAAUGAUACACCAAAAGGAACAAGGACAUCAUCUUCAACGUCUGACAUUAAGGGUGAGACACCCCAAACUUCAACUCCAAAAUUUUCAAGUUCAACAUCUAGUGGCAAUGAUACACCUAAAUUAGCACCAUUAAUCCCCAGUGGUAAUGAAACACCCAAAGGGAAUAGCACUGUCUCUAAUGAAACUGCUCAAUCUACAACACAAUCAGGGGGUGUGACCAUAAAUUCAACAGCCGCUGUUCCAUCUACUACUUCACUCCCUGUUGUGCAAGGGGGCACAUCACCCAAUUCAACUAUAUCCUCAACAUCUAGUGUUUCUACACUGCUGACGAUCGCAUCGACUAUCCCUCCAACUGUACCAGCUACAUUAGCUACCACGCCUAAUCCAACAGUAAACACAAGUUUAUUGACAAGUGCAGCAGUUACAAGUGAAGCAGUUAUGUCCCAAACAACUCAAGUUACAGAUCAAACUGAUGCAGUAACAAAUCAAACUGGUACAGUUACAAAUGAAACAGAUAUGAUUACAAAUCAAACAGGUACAGUUACAAAUCCAACAGAUAUGGUUUCAAAUCAAACAGAUAUGAUUACAAAUCAAACAGGUACAGUUCCAACUGAUAUGAAUCCAGUUACAACCCAAAUUGAUACAGUUACAACUCCAACUGAUACAAAUACACAUCCAAAUGAUACAACUACAAAUACAACUGAUACAAAUACAGCUCCAUCUGAUACAAAUACAGCUUCAAUUGAUGCAAAUACAACUUCAACUGAUACAGCUACAACUCACGUAGAUCCACUUACAAAUCCAACUGAAAAAUCUACUGCUUCAACGGAUACAGCUACAACUCACAUAGGUCCACUUACAAGUCCAACUGAUAAAUCUACAGCCAAAAGUGAUACGGGUACAACGAAAGGUGAAACAGAUAAAACUACAACUAAUAUCCCAACCUCUGAGAGUACAAGUGCCAGCACAGACAACAUUGUUAAAGUCCCUGCCAAGCAACCAGAGGGCUUGAGUAAUGCAACCAAAGUGGGGCUCGGGAUUGGUAUUCCAGUAAUGCUGAUCGCACUAGUUUGCUGUGUGUUUGUGUUCUCACGUUGGAGGAGACGUCGUGGAGGCUUCAGGUUUUUGACGCUAAAUGACUACGAUACAAAUUGGGAUUCUACCUAUAAUAACCCAAGCUAUGAUAAAGGAAAUGAGAAACUAACAUUCCUUGAUGACCUUUGAGGUUGUGUCUAAGUGGGUCAACAGCAGAUAUUGAUUAAAAGAAGUUAUUCAGAUCUGAUUUUCUUGAUUAGAAAAUCAUGGAAAAGUAAAUGUUAUAGCCAAACCAUGUAAGUGACUUUUGGCCUGACAGGACCACUUACAAACCCGAAUGAUCCUGGGCCUUCAAGAGACCAAAUG